GUGAAAUAUCCCUGAGAUAUCAGGCAGAAGAGAACCCAUUGGAAGGGUAUGAGCAUUUCACAGUAGUCUGAGAAAGACACUUGGAGUAAGAAAGUUAGCAGUUGUCUCACAUAUAAUUGUUCCCAGCACACAUAAGGAGUGUACUGCAGCAUCAAUUAGGGACAUAAGGAGACAAAUUUCACACAUUUGCAAAUGGGGCUCACUUUCCCAGAGACCCCCUGCAUCUGACCUUUUCAAUGGGCUGAAGAUUUUGACACUUCUGUAGGCCUGGGAAGAAAUCUCUUCACACCUCCACACUUGGUAUAAAAACCAGUGGACGGCCAUCUCCCUGUAUUGCCUACACAGUCAGUGACAGAGAAGUACAUUGCUCUAGAGUCAGACAGAACUUGUUCUACCAAGCCAUAGGAUGCCACAAGACUGCUCUCAGACCUGUGAGUGGACCUAUGCAUCUUCAUGCUCAGAAUCUCCUGUGUCAUCAGAUUCUUACAAUCUGUCUCCUGGCUAUGCACAUUUAGCUGCACCAAAGGAGACUUUUUGCAACUACCAAUCCCAGGUAUAUAACAUGACUCCUCACCAAACACAGGAGUCACCACAGGGCUCAAGAAGAACAAGAUGCAGAAUGGUAGGUCCUCAGAGACAAAGUGCGAGUGAGCGGGAGAAAAUGCGGAUGAGAAGCCUCUCUAAAGCACUUCAAAACCUCAGAAGAUAUUUGCCACCCUCAGUAGUGCCGGCUGGCAGGACACUGACGAAAAUUGAAACCCUAAGACUUACCAUACGCUACAUAUCUCACCUAUCAAAUCUACUUGGUCUAAAUGAAGAGGUAAUGACCAACAGAAGAAAACCAGAGCUUGAUAUGCAGCCAAACUCAUAUCCACAAAUGACAGACAGUUGCCAAGAUAUGACAUGCAGGGUCUAUCAACAACAGCCUCAGACUACUCUUUACCAUGAUGCAUCAUAUCAGUGCUCCAAAGCCACAUUUCCUUCCAUGCAACCUGCAAACAAACACCCAGAGCUAGAAGCUUGGGUACCAUCUUAUGAAUAUCACAGAAAAUCCAACUCAUUAAGCGAAUUCAGCCUUUCCUCUCACUACUGCUCGAGACUGACACAUUUGUAUCAGCUUGAAGCCGCAGAUUUGAAUUCAGUUGCUGCUCAGACACCCAGAGAGAGCGACUCCAGCCUGUUAUUCUCAGAUGCGCUUAAUGACGUUGAUCAGUGGGUUAUAAACUAACAGACUUUGCAUAGAUGAUCGGUUAUCAGUCCCCGAGGGGAAAGACUUGGAAAGAACAUUUAUCAAACACGGAUUUGAAGAAGGCACCACCAAUUCACUAGUGCCCUGAUAAUUAAUCAUUUGGCUUUAAUCACUGAAUAAUCAUUUGCUCAAUGACUAUUUCUAUUUCCUACCCUCAGAGGCAAGCUUUAAGGGAUGCUGUCAUCACAUAAUUUAUUAGAAUAUCAUUUCAUUGUUUGCACAAACUUCAAUAGCUUUAUGGUAGUUUGGGCUGCAAAAAUGCUGAAUAUACACCUUGCCUACAUAUAGCCUGUCUGUUUGUCAGACCAAGGAACAGAAACGAGAACUAGGGAACACUAUCCCCCCCUGGAGGAACAAAAAAAUGACUACACCUUUUACAUGAGCCAAGUAAAGAUGUAUUUAAAAAACUUCUUUUCCACUUUGGGUUUAGGUACAUAUAUUGAUAUUAUAAUGCACAUUAAGUCACUUUAAGAGGUAUAGGUAGCAUGCUUGUGCCAUGAAUCUGCACAUAUAUAAAAGUCAGAUUUGGUUUGGUUGUUGUGGUGAGACUUUGUUGUAGUGUCACACAGUGCUCCUGCUUUGCAGCUGCCUAUAAGUACAUACACUUUGCCAAUAUCUGCUUGUGGUGCUUUAUAUGCCGCAAUAUGCAGUGUUUGCGAAUGGCUUUAUUAAAAACGGAGAUGGCUGUGAUAUUGUAGUUUGAAAAGUAUAUAUGAAAAGGGAAAGUCUCUCUCUCUCUAUAUAUAUAAAUAUGUAAAUGCUUGUGUCAUAAGAGUGUAAUAUAUUUAUUUGUACAAAUAAAUGCAAGGU